AUGGUGUCGCGUAAGCGUGCCAGGGAGGAGACGGAGACUCAAAGCGCGCCGGAGCCCAAGGAAAAUGGCCUCCUUCACCAGCUGCGGAACAUGUGGGAGUUCCCGAACUUGAUGCAGUACAUAUAUACCUUUGGCAAGCCGAUGAAGCUCGAUGAUGAUAUUGAUAUAGAGGAUCUCGAGGCCGAGUGUCUUAAACCCGGACACUCAGAGAGGCUACUUAAUAUCGGCCUCAAUCUUCUUAAAUUCGUCUCUUCACACCGCGGCCUCAACUAUGACAACUUUGAAGAGUAUACACGGCGGCAGUACCUCGCGAAAGCGCCUCUCCGCAACCCGUUUGGAGACGGAGAGACGCCGUUGAAGUUCCACCAACUGGAUAUAUUCCAGAGAAUUCGUGUGCUACAGCAGUUGUCCGCAUGGACCCUAUGGAAUCCAGACAGGUUUCGAGAGCGGAUGGGAGAAGUGAAAGAGACAGAUCAGAUACAAUGGAGAAUUAAUGAAAUCGGAUACGACCGUGAUGAGCACCAAUACUACGUCCUCGACGACAACCGCCUAUAUCGCCGUAUAGAACCUCAGAUUCCACCGGACCAGCCCGCAAAACGGAAAGUGAACAGUAGGAAAAGCAGAGCAGGAGUCCGCGCAUCCAAACGGAGAAAGGUUGCUGAGCCCCAGGACGAAACUGAUGGCCAGGGGAAUGAGGCAGACGGGGAAGCGUCUGCCCCAAGUAGUUCCCGAGACUAUGAGUGGGAGUGUGUCGCUGUCACACUGGACGACUACAACACAUUUAUUGACUCGUUAAAGAAGUCAAAAGACCUCAAUGAACAGGCUCUGCGUGACCGUCUUAUGGAAGACGUCCUACCCGUCAUUGAGAAAAUAGAAGAAUCACAGCAGAAGAAAGCACUCCGCAGAGAAAAGGAGUUGAUAGCCCUAGAAAAAUUAGCCACGGCAAAGAGAUCUAGCAGAAUUGCGAGCAAACAAGACAGAAUACGUCAGGAAGCACAGGCAGCUGAAGAGGCCAAACGACAAGAAGCUGAGCGAAUUGCAGAGCAAAAGGCGAAGGAGAAAGCGGAAAAAGUCGAGAAGGAGCGUCAAUACCGCUUGAUGACGCGCGAGCAGCGUCUCAAGGAUCGUGAGGAGAAGAGAAAGCAGCAGGAGGAAGAGCUUGUCCGUCUGACUGAAAAAGCUAAACUGGCUGAGGACGGGGAAGCGAGGAUAUCUCAUAGGACCUUCAAUGCUGAGCUGGAAAAGCGACAGAAGGGACUGGAAAAGCUUGAGACCGAAGACUGGACAUUUGACUGUUCUGGUUGCGGUGUCCACGGGGAGAAUCUGGAUGACGGAUCUCAUAGCGUUGCAUGUGACAAGUGCAAUGUCUGGCAGCAUAGCAAGUGCCUUGGUAUCUCCCAGGCGGAUGCGGAGAAGGAUGAUUUCCACUUCAUAUGUUCAGACUGCAAACGACGCAUCGAAGAAGCAAAAAGACCCAAGAUUCCACCGCUGAAAUUCCGCAUCGCUUCUUCAGCAUCACCCCCUUCGAAGCAAGAGCCCAAGCCUGACAACACUUCCGUUGAUAUCAAGAAUCCGCCUGCCAGCAACCACAAUGUUUCUCCAACGCAGCAAUUUCGCCCUGCCCCAAUGGAACCGCGUCUCUUCACUUCGAACCCUCCCGUUGCAUCCCAUCCGAUAUUCGCACAAAACAGUGUUCCUCCGCAGUCGACAUAUCAUCCAGCACCUCAACCAAUCACUGGUGUUCCUUAUCCGCGCCAACCUGCUCCUGUUCAGCCUUUACCCCAGGCGUCAAUUCCUAGAAACAUGGUAUCUUCCUUCAGCAGCCAACGUCCCACGUCAUCAGGUUCUAUACCCGGCAAUUUCCCAUCUCCGGUGCAGAACCGGCCUUCCAUGUCUCCAACACAAGGUAAUGGAGAUGUCGGUCCACUGGCUGGCUUCCCGCCCGCCCCUAUUCCCGCCCCUACCACCGCUGCAUCUUCACCCGGCACAAAUGGCAUAUACCCAGGGACCCCAUACCGGCGAAAUCACACAAGCUACUCGCCAUAUCCGCUUCAACAGCAGCAGCAGCAGCCACAACAACAGAAUUUUCAAGCCCAUUAUCAGCACCAGCAGCAACAUCACCAUCACCAUCCAUCAAACCAGUCCCCAUCUAGCUCUUUCUCUUCUGUGACCAACCCCCAGACCUCGUUCGGUCACACACCUCCGCCAAACUGCUACUCACCUGGAAUACCCAUGUCGGGCCUCAGCCCUACGAAACACUCUCCCGCUCGCCCCGCCUCCUUCAGCGAAGUCGGAGUUCAGUCUGUCGUCCCUCCAAUACAGAGACUCCAGCCGAGCCCGAAGCUGAUGGGUAGGGCAUCAGAAGAUGCCCCUAUACCUGCACCAAUGAAAACUAUGGCUCCAGAGCCAGUGCAGGCGCAUAACGGGAUGCCACAACAGCAUUCGUUCGGAACAAUAAAUUUCUCCUCGCCUUUAUCCACGCAUCCGAAUUCAUUUGAACAAAGGCAGCCAGAAGCUCACGGUCAAUACUCCCCCAGCAAAACCGGUUGA